AGUAAUAAAACAUUACAUUUUUCCAUAUGAUAAAGAUAGAGUCAUGAUUUUUUCUUUAUUGAUAAUAUUUCACGUUUGCAGCGCUGUUCUAUUUCUAUCACGCAAAACAGCCUACUGUGACAUCUAGGCAGUUCAGAAUGAAAAGCGUUCUGUUUCAGAAUACUUUCUGGCGCUGUCCUUGCCGCAGUUAUUUUUAGUUCACUUGCACCAUCUAGUGGUGAUCACAAUGUCUUAUGUUUGCCAAAGAUUCUAAAGUUCUAUAUUUGAGCAUUCUAUAGUUCUAUUUUUAUACACAUACAUUCUGAAUUCAGACUGCUAUAAUACACUACUUGGUUACAUUGCUCGAUUGUUUAGUUCUUAUUUAGGAUUCACAGAAGUUUUCUAGCACAGUUUAGCAGUUUUUAGUUGAGUUUUCUGUAAAUAACUAUUUUCUAGCUGUUAUACUGGUCUCCUGGUGAUACCAAAUAUGGAUGACUCUACAUCCAUCCAAGGGUCUUCUUGGGUCGAUUGUUACCUUGAUGAGCAGAUGUUGAAGGUGAAGGGUCGCCAGAGACUCCAUGAGAUCGAGCAGGAAGUUCAUAGAGAGCUGAGCGUGACACUAAGCCAAUGUCACCAGUCCCCAGGAGAGGUAGCCAUGGAGGGGCAGCAGCUCCUGACUGACAAGGCCAAGCCAUGGGUUACUUCCCAUGAGCAUCUUGGUUCUGCAGCUCUGAUGAGUGGCGACACAGCAGGUAUGCUCUCAGAGAAACAGGCCCAACCUGAGAUCAGGUCAGAUGAGAUGCUCCAGGUGGAGUUCCUCAGCCAGACCCAGGUGGAGAUUCCACAGGAGGUCAGGGAGGUCAUGGACAGCCUGCUGGACAAGGUGGCGGAUGGAGAAGCCCAGGAGAAGAAGGCUGAGGUCUUCAAGGCAAACCUGAUCCCCUAUCCCUCCUCAUCCUCAGCAGUCAAUGUCAUGAAGGUCCUGGAGAGCCAGGUAGACAAGGAGAAGAAGGUUGAGGUCCUUGACCUUAGCACCUGUCCCAUACUCCAAACGGCCCUUACAGACAUUGAGACCACAAUGAAGACUGCAUACAAGACCAUGCCAAAGCAGAUUGUGGUACUUGGUUCUAUCAUUAAGCAUAUCAUCACCCAGGUGCUUCUUCAAGUAGAUCCCCAAGCCUUUCAGGAGGGAGUCUAUUUGGAGACACCUGUUAUCAUCAACAACACCAAAGCUCUUCUGUGGUCUAUUCCUGGGUUCAAGUAA